AUGGCCUACACACACCUUAGCCUUGAGGACAGGAACUAUAUCGAAAAGCGACUGAAACAGAAAGACUCGCUGAACCGAAUAGCGCAUGACCUUGGGCGUUCCCAAUCGACACUUAGCCGCGAAUUGUCACGGAACACGGGGCUACGUGGCUAUCGCUACCAGCAGGCAGACAAGAAAGCGAAACAGCGGCAUCAAGAAAAGCCCAAAGCCAUCAAGCUGAGCGUGGCAUUGGUGGGAACAAUCAAUACCCUGCUGGAGCAAGAUUGGAGUCCCGAACAAAUCAGUGGACGGCUCAAGGAAGAAGGCAAGGACACCGUUUGCCCCGAAACGAUUUAUCAGCACGUACUGAAAGACAAACGGUCGCAAGGCAAGCUGCACCUGCAUUUGCGCCGCUACACCAAGAAAUACCGCAAGCGUUAUGGUGGCAAGACAGGUAGCGUCAAAGGCAUCCCCAAUCGGGUUGAGAUUGAUGAACGCCCCGACGUGGUGAACCAGCGUGAACGCUUGGGUGACUGGGAAGCAGAUACCAUGAUUGGCAAAGGCCACAAAGGUGUAUUGGUCACGUUGGACGAACGUAAAUCCAAGUUACGCCUCGCACUCCCGGUCACCAGAAAAACGGCAGAAGCGGUGACAGGUGGUCUUAUCAUGCUGCUAUCAGCUUUCAAA